UUUUUAUUUUAAAUUCACUAUUUUUUUUAUCAUUGUAGUUAACCAGAGAAGUCAAAGUACACAAAUUAGUUCAUCAUCCAAAUAUUGUUCAAUUAUAUGAAGUGAUUGAAACAGGAAGACAUGUUUAUUUAGUAAUGGAAUAUGCCAAGAAUGGUGAAAUGUUUGAAUAUCUUUUAAAGAAUGGUAGAAUGAAUGAAUCUGAUGCACGUGAAAAAUUUCGUCAGAUACUUUCUGCCGUACACUAUUGUCAUCGGAAAAAUAUUGUUCACCGAGAUUUAAAAGCAGAAAAUCUUUUAUUUGAUAAUCAAAACAAUAUAAAAUUAGCUGAUUUCGGUUUUUCUAAUCAUUUCAAUACAACAUCAUUAUUGGAUACAUUUUGUGGUAGUCCACCAUAUGCUGCACCGGAAUUAUUAAAUGGUGAAAAAUAUAUCGGACCAGAAGUUGAUGUUUGGGCAUUAGGUGUUAUUUUAUAUUUAUUGAUCAGUGGUUCUCUACCAUUUGAAGCAUCUAAUUUUAAUGAAUUACAUCGACGUAUUGCUCAGUGUGAUUAUCGUAUUCCUUAUUUCAUGUCGACUAAAUGUGAACUAAUUAUAAAACGUAUGCUAGAAGUUGAUCCAAUAAAACGAAGUAGUUUAGAGGAAUUAAUGGAAGAUCCAUGGAUUAAUAUUGGAUAUGAAAGUAAUCGAUUAAAACCAUACAUUGAACCUCAAGAAAAUGUGAUGGAUCCAAUACGUAUUGCCAUUAUGAAGAAACUUGGAUUUCGUAUUGAAGACCUAUGUGAAACAUUUGAAAAACGUUUAUUUAACAAUAUUAGGGCAACGUAUCUCUUGUUAGGCGACAUUGAAACACAGAAGAGAAUUGGAGAGAAAUUAAUAUCGGUUGGGAAUGUAUUAUCCAAUAGUAAUUCAAAUCCAGAUAUUGAAGUGAAGAAUCAAAAUGAAACUGUUGAAAAGCAAUUGAGUAUAAAACAUGAACAGAAAUCAGAACCAGUUGAACAGCAUACAACUCCAGUAGUUAUUUCUACUUCCUAUGAUGAACAUAAACCAAUUGUUUCAAAUAAUCAAAUGGAUUUGAUCAUUACAUCUGAUCCAGAUCAAUGUGAAAAUAUAGAGCAAACAAUAAAAAGUUAUGAUUCAAAAGAGGUUUCUUAUAUUAUUACAGAUCAAUCGAAUGAUGAUGUCACUACAGCAACAAUAACUAAUUCAAUAAAUAUUUCACAAAAUGAUUACAAAUCUUCAUAUGGUCUACGUCGUAUACGUGCUAAAUCAUUAAAUGAUAAUAUUGUUACCAGUGAAUCUAAUGAGAAAGUGAUUAUUUAUAAUCAAGAAAAUGAUUUAGAUGAUUUGAAAAAUAUUCAAGUUGUAAAUAAUAAUUCCAAGAGUACGAAUUCAUGUAUACAAAAUCAUUUAAAACGUCAUUUAAUCAUUGAUAGAGCACAAACAGCAGUGCCUGAUUCAUUAGAUAGUCGUUUAAAACAAAAUUUAAUUAUUGUUACUGAUAAAUCACCUAGUUGGUAUAAUUUACCAUAUGAUGAAACAGGAAGAGCAACAGCACCGAUUGUAAUCUAUCAACAUGAAGAAAAUCAAUACUUCCAUCAUACUAAUAAUAGUAAUACAUCUCAAAAUCAACAUACAAAUCAUCAUAAUAAUGAUAAUGAUUAUGAAGAAAAUGGAAAUUCAGAUCAUCAUAAUUAUGAUUAUUAUUAUACACACUAUUCAAGAACAAAAUAUAAAACAACCAAUUCUAUAAGAGUCCAUUCUGCAUUAACUAAUUACGAUCAUAAACCUCAACAAGAACAACUAGGAAAUCUAACAUCUAAUAGCAGUGACAAUGAAAUUGAUAAAGAAACAAAUUUCAAGAUAAUUGUUUUACAAAAGGAAAAGAAACACAUCCCUUAUCGAUCAGUGUUACCUAAAAGUUCAUCGCCUAAAAAAUUACCUAUAAGUGCAAGCAUAUUGAGUUAUGUAAAUAAUAAUCGAUUGAACAACACUGGAAUGAAUAAUAACCAAUCAUCAAAUGAGAAUCAACAAUAUAACGUUUCCAAUUUAACCAAUGAAAAUACAAUUUUACUUAAACGAAAUCAACCAAUCAUAACGCAUGAAAAUGAUAAGUCUACUCAAAUACACCUGAAUGGUUACAAUAACGAUGAGAAUACUAUCAACUUAGAAGGACCACAAAUAUAUUUGAAUGGAUUGGGAAGAAACAGUAAAAGGACAUCGAGAAUUUUCAUUGAAAAAAGAGAAAACUUAUUGGAACAAAAAGUUCUUUAUAAUGGUAAUUUAUACAAAGAAAAUCUUGAAGAAUGUAAAAAUAAUACUAAUAAUAAUAAUAAACCGUUAACAACUAGAGAAUACAAACGAACUUUGUUACCGUCAUUUCCUAUUAUUAAAGAAAAAGAAGAAAUUAAUCAAAAAGAAAUUCUUGAUAAAGUACACAUAUACAUACCGAAUUCGAAAUUAGUGAAACGUGAUAUUUCAAUUAGAAAAUCUUUGAAAAAAUCACAAGAUUUUCAAUCUAAUAUAAAUUGUCAUCAAUCAAGGACUACUACUAUUGCUAUUAAUAAAAACAAUAUAAACAGUACAAAUGGACCAAAGAUACAUAAUACGCAAUAUUCAAACGGUUAUACAACCAAAUCUAUUGUCAAUCAAUAUCAAAAUAAUAACGAAACUACUCGAUGGAAACCUAAUGGUAUAAUUAACAUCCACAGUAAUAAUAAUAAUAAUAAUAAUAAUAAUAAUAAUAAUAAUAAUAAUAGCCCACAACAGAACACAACAAAUUUGUCUAAAAUAAGUCGAUUGAAUUGGUCCUACGGAAUAGCUGUACAAAAUCCUAAUCUAAAACUAUUAAUGAAUACAUUAGAUAAAGUUGUAAAGAAAGCUUCUAUUGAUUAUGUAUAUUUUGGUCCUUAUCGAAUUUUCUGCUCACAACAAUAUGUACCUUGUACUAAUUAUCAAAGUCAAAUUAAACACAACAAUAAUCAGUACAUUAGAAUUUCACUACAAUCUAAUCAUAUGAAACAUUAUGCAGACAAUAGUCGUCAUAUUAAUAAAGUAUGUUCUUUGUUAAAAUGGGAAAUGGAAAUUGUACAUUUGCCAAGAUUUCAAACUUAUGGUAUACGUUUUAAAAGAAUUGAUGGUGAUCUUCAACAGUUUAGAUCUAUGGAAAAAUCACUUACUUCACAGCUUGUACAAACUAUAAAUAGUAACCAAAUCAAUUUUUAACCUUGAUUUCCAACUUUGUUAAUUUUUUUUUGUAAAGGAGAAAAAUUGAAAAUUACAGUAUAUUUACAAAUAUUUAUUUUCCUA